GCUUGUUCUGAUUGGAUGAGACUGUGAGAAACUCCGGGCAAACCAAGACCCACACAUUGAAAUGGAGAUGAGGGAGUAUAAAUAGGAGGGAUGGAGGCAGCAGAGAUCAGAUUCUCUCUACAGAGACCUCAGCAGCACAGAGAUCCAAGCAUGGCACCUACAAUCACUGCAGCACUCAUCAACUCUCAGGAGAACCUGACCCACAAGCUCAGGAAGCCUCUGGUGGAGAAGUUCCGCAGAGAGAGGAUCAACAGCAGCAUCGAGCAGCUCAAGUCUCUCCUGGGUCCAGAGUUCCUCAAACAGCAGCCAGACUCCAAGCUGGAGAAAGCAGACAUCCUGGAGAUGACAGUCUGCUUCCUGACUCGCCUGCAGCAGCAGCAGCAGCAGCAGCAUCCAGCUGUGGACUCAGCAGCUGUCCAUCGG